UCAAUCUCCGCGGCGCUUACCCAACCUUUCCAAUCCAAUCCAAAGUGACAAGUCCAUCGUACUUGAUACAACAUUCCAUGAGCGGUCUACCUCCCAAACCAGAUAUCAGCAGAACACCAAACACCUGGCCUGAGCCUACAGAGGACAGGCGUUAUGUAGGACGCCCAGUGCCCAUGGCCGCACCAGACCAUUACCGUCCCAGACGCGACGACAGAGACCGCGACCGACAUUCCUCACGAGACCGAAACUACCACCCUUCCCGCUCCCCACUCCGAUCCCCCCGAGGAAGAGACACAUACACUUCACCUUCCAGAAAUGACAAUCACCGGGAUUACUACCACCGAGACGAGCGUUCUAGUCUAAGAGGGGAGAGGGAGAGGGGAUGGGAACCUGAUAGUAUGAGAAGGGCCUCGGAUCGGAGGGAUGAUAGGGCUUGGGUUACGCGUGAUGAGUAUCCUGGGAGGGGGCGGGGUAGGGGUAGGGGUCGGGCGUCGCCGUAUAGAGGGAAUGGGAAUGGGUAUCAUGGGGGAGGGAGUUGGCGAGGGCGUGAUUCGGAACGAGAUAGGGAUUAUGGAAGUGGAAAUGGAGUUCGGGGAAGGAGUCGGGAGUAUGAUAGGAAUUAUCAUGAGAGACGGAGGUUUGAUGAUAGGGCGAGUGGGCAUAGACAGCCGUAUUCUCCGCGUCGAGAUUCGAAUGAGCGUCCUCGGGAGCGGUAUUCGCCAAUGAAGUCUCCUCGUCGGUCAUACUCACCCCGACGAUACAGCAGGCCGCCCUCUCCUGACAGCAGCAUUCAUCGGCAUUCGUCGAGAGAUCCGGUGAAGCAUGAGCCUUCUCCCCGUCCACCAUCAGUGCCUCGAAGUCACUAUUCAGAACACCACAGUGAUGACAGGCGACAGAGUCCUAGUCCCCGCCCAUCAAGGCGCUCCUUGUCCAGAGAUGUCAAGCCCGAGCCCACGCAAGAUGAAACGCGUCUCUUGGCUUCCCCAGCGCACUCACAUCGGUCGCUUUCGCGCCCCAGAUGAGCCACCUAGCUAAUAUUCCUAGCUCUCCCGCGUGUCAAAGCUGAACCUAACGAUGACCUACAUCAUGUUCAUCUCAAAAUCGAGCCAGUCUCGGAUGACUGCACGCUCUCCAGCAUCAAGCUUAAAAGCCAAGGAAGAGACUGACCAAGAUGCGGAAGGGGACUUUAAGAUGCGCGACCGGUCUCCUGAUCCACCCUCCCACUCCCCUAACACCCAUAUCAAAACACCCCCUACACCAUCAUCCCCCGCACAAUCUCUCAAACAACCCAUACCCGACGAACCCCCCGCUUCAAUUCCCAGACCACCCACAGCUCCCUUCCUACCCCCCUUUACAAGGC